GGGCAGGGCAAGGUGCGCUUUCUUCAGACUGCACGAUCGGCGGCUGUCGAAUUUCACUUAUCUCCCGAGGAGCCGUCGGGACAUUUAGAAAAAUGUCGAAAGGAAACCCGUUAAAAUCUGUCAUUUCCAUCGGGAAUGUGGACGACACGUCACUUGCGAUGCCGUCGGUUAACCGGAACCGAAGCGCACAGCAACGUGUCCUGGAGCAAGUUCAAAGUAUGAAGCGGACAAAGUCGAGGUCCAGCACCAGCAGCAGGAGUGGAGCUACUUCUUUGCCUCCAACAAGCCCAACGUAUGACUCUGUGUUUGAAGAAAUUCCAAAAUCACCGCAGAGCACAAAUGGAAUUACGCUUCUUAAGAAUGGCUACUCUAGAAGUCUCAGCUAUGAGAAAAACAGUACCCAGCAAAAAGCCAACAUCUCCCAGGGAUCCAGUGCGAACAGAUACACAGUAUCUUCUGCCUAUCAAUAUAAGAGUCACUAUGCCCCUGUUGGGCCUAUGGGAGUCGGUCAGAGCAACAGCAGCCGCAGCGAGCCCAAUAUGGCAUUACAUCAGCGCACUGUGCCAUCACGUUCGGGCCCAACAAAGAGAAUCCAAACCAUGAAGACUGGUGCCAGCAGGUCACAAAGAGCCACCAGCCAGUUUAUAGCGAGGACCACGGUACCCCCACCGCAGUGUGCUGCAAACGGUUUGACUAAAGCAAACAAUCAGUUCAUAUACAGUCGAAUAGACACAGUUAAAUCCCCAAAGCCGACCGUUACCGAGCCUGCAUUCAAAAGCAAAAUGGAUUCUGGCUCCAAUGGAAAUGCCAAAAUUGAUAAAGCUGAUAUUACUAUGAAGGAGGCUGUGGACUAUCUAGCCAGUGAUGAGGAGACGUAUCAGCACUGUGGAGCUUCCUGCAUCCAGCACAACACUUUCAUUGACGACAAAGCUAAAGAGGAGGUCUUAAAGCUUAAUGGCAUUCCUCCGUUGGUGAAUCUGCUGCGCAGCCCCAGUUUGCAAGUCACCUCUACAGUCUCAGCUGCUCUUCGUAACUUGUCCUUCAAAAACGAGAAAAACAAAGAGGAGAUACAGCGCUGCGGUGGCAUCACGCAGGCCGCUGCGCUGCUCAAAGAUGCAAACUCUUUAGAGCUACAGAAACAACUGACAGGUCUUCUGUGGAAUCUGUCUUCUGUAGACCAUCUGAAGCCAGAGCUGUUGAAGAGUGCACUGCCUGUUUUAAUGGAGCGUGUAAUUCUUCCUUACACAACAGGUCCCAACCAGCUCAAUGGGAACAGUAAAGAUGCUGACAUCUUUUUUCACACCACAGGAUGUCUUAGAAACCUCAGCUGUUCUAAGCAAAGCUACAGACAGACAAUGAGAAAAUGUCGGAGUCUGAUCGACUGUUUGGUCGCUUAUAUCAAAGCGUGUGUGCAAACAGGAAAACAAGAUGAUGAGUCAGUCGAAAACUGUGUGUGCAUCCUGCACAAUCUGACAUUCCAGCUGGAGGCCGAGGCUCCUGAGCUGUUCAUCAGGAUCAAUGCUUUGGGUAAAAACAUAUACGGGAGCAACAGCCAGGACAAUAUCAAUCCCAUCGGUUGUUUCAGCACUCGAAGCAAAUCACUAGAACGUGAGUAUCAUUUUGACUUCCCAGUUAUUGAAGAGUCACAACCUGCUGGGGCAAGCUGGCUGUUUCAUUCCAAAACCCUGGAGAGUUACCUGUUUUUGCUUGGCUCUAGCCAGCGAGAAGAAACACGGGAAGCCUGUUGUGGAAUAUUGCAGAGUCUCACUGCACAGGAAGGCCUCGUCUCCAGGGCAAUUGGUCAAACCAUUGUACAGAAACUGAAUGGGCUUCAGGUUAUCAGUCCCCUCUUGAAUUCAAAAAAAGUCAACCUGCAGAGGAGCACAGUGGAUUUAAUAGCCAACUUGACAAAGAAUCCUGUCCUGCACAGUGCCAUCAGUCGUAAAGGGCUUCCAGAGCUGCUGGUUAUCCUCAGCAAUGGCACCACAGGAGGGAAUGAAUCUGAUGAUACUCUUGCCAUGGCCUGCCAGGCUGCCAGCUGCCUGUUUAUGAAGAAUCCCGAGAUGAACAAGAACUUAUUAAACAACAAGCUGAUAAGCUCCCUGAACGAUCUCAGCAAAAACAUAUACUUCCCUAAAUCCAGCAAAGCGUCAGCCCUGUUUCUCUGCAAACUUUGGUCUGACAAAGAUUUACAAAGCUUCCUGAAACGGCAAGGGAUGAGCAAGUCCUUAUUUGUGAAUGACAUCACCAUGGCGGUACAGCGGUCACUCCAAGUUGUUGAUUAACAGCUUAUCAGACCUCUGAAAGUUGUUCAGUGAAGUAACUCACCUGCAAUGUGUCUACACACCCACAAGACAUAAAAUCACAGAAGCAGAGCAACAUUUCCCAUUUCAUCCAUAAACUCUACAUAGUGCAUCCAUGAACAAAUCACUACAUGAUCUUUUAUAUGCUGUAAAUUUCUGUUUCAUUGUUGGAAUAUGGGUGAAAGUCUAGUACAAUAAGAGCAAAAAUGCAGAAAGUGCACACUUCUAUUUGCUUUUCUCAUUUUUAAUGCUGUCAUGUCAUGUUUUUAUAUACAGUUUGUGUCCAAGCCUUCACUUUGGAACCAUGAGCUUGCAUAAAUAUAUAGUGACACAAUGCCUUGGCUUUCAUCUUGCACUGAAAUGUGUGUCAUAGCAUGUAAUGCACAUGUAAAAUUUUUGACAAUGCAUAACAUGACCAAAUAAAAAAAUAAAUGAUAUUCUGUUAGCAUGGCUGCUGUAGGACAUUAGAUGUAUAUCUCUAUUUGUAAAUACAACUUUUGCUGUUGGGAUGUCCAUCUAUUUCAUAUGUAGGAUUGCCAUUUUGAAAUUAGCUAGCUGUAUUGAACACAGUACUGGUAAUAAAGCUGAAAUAAAUAUAUUCUUUUGGCUGCAAAGGUAAUCCAAGAAUAGUAAGUUUCACGGUCACUGGUUCAGCAUGAAGAAGUUUCCAAUCUCCUUCAUGUCUUGUCACACCCCUUGGCUGCAGUUUGAAAUGCUUCAGGGCAGAUUACCAACUCAUCUCUCGCAUUCUGUUUACUCCACCCCUAUGAUUUAUUUUAUCAAUCCAGGCACUGCAGCUGUUGUUGCGCUCACUCUAUUAUAUAACUGUUGACUAGAUUUGAACUUUGGUCGUCCACAUUUCAAACCACAUAAUCCACUGAACAGCCAUGAGGGGAUUUUGGGUCCGUGGGUAUUAUUUAGAUUUAGACUUCUGGCACAGCUGACCUUUUUUUAAAUAAUCACUUCAUUGUACACUGGAGAUUUAUGUGUCUGAAUGUGUUCAUUAAUAAAAAAGCUUGUAUUACUGUGA